CACAGCAGGUAUCAGGAGAGCUGCCACAGUGAGAGUUUUUAAAAUGACAGGCUUGAUUUCAGGGGUAUUUUAACAGAGUUCAUCGUUGUCAACAAUAGAGACAAACAUGGAUUUACCUGGAAUCUGAGCUGCUCAUAUAGUUUUACUACAUACAUUUUGCGUAUCAUAAUGUAUCAGAUGUUGCAAUAAUGGCCGCCAUUUAUCAUGUGAAGAACAGCCUGGGCUUUGUUUCUUCUGGGAAUAAGGAAGAGUCCCCAGAAGACCGAGUGAUCGACAUUGUCAAGCAUGAUGCAGCACAGUUCAGCAAGCACUUUCUGGUAGAUGCUGAGCAGGUGAGUUCGCUAGGAUCGGAAGGGGAGGAUGAGGUCGGUAUGUGGAGCCUGGAGCCCCAGGACUGUCAGGAGAGCCUGGACAAGACGAGCCUGACGCCCAGCGAGGGGACGGAGGAGCCUGGCAGCCCUGCUCGCUCCACGCGGCCCCACAGCCUCAGCCCCGGCAGUCGGAACUACUGGGGACAGGUGGAGCAGGAAGCUGCUGAAGACCACAACGCCACAUCCAACACUGACAGGGAGGGGGAUCAGGACCCGCUGAGGAUGUACUGUAAGAACUCAGAUUCCCAGAAUGCCUUGGAGGACCUGGCCCAUUAUAAGUUUCUGGCCCAGUUGAGGAAGGCAUCUACCUCAGCCAGUGUCUUGGAUCACCUGAACCACAAUGGCACGGCAGGUGUGUACCACCCAAGCAGCAGGCACGAUGAGUUACCACCCGCCAUCUGGUCACCAGGAGCUCAGCACCACUCACCUGAGGGUACAGAUGGAGGAAGGACCCAGCAGGCCUGUCCGUUCUGCCACAGGAUGUUUCAGAGAGGAGCGUCUCUGAGGGAUCACAUCAAGUACUGUCAGGACAGGGAGGGUGUCCACAUGGCCUGUCCGCUCUGUGGUUACACUGCCACCCAUAGGGCACAGAUGGAGCGGCAUCUGGCUCUUCACAACCAAGUGCAGGACAAGAGUGCAAUGUGUUUGGAUCAAGCCAUGGAGACCAGGAAGUUUAAAUGUCUGCAAUGUGGGAAAGCUUUCAAGUACAAACACCACCUCAAGGAACAUCUCCGCAUCCACAGUGGGGAGAAGCCAUACGAGUGCUCCAACUGCAAGAAAAGAUUCUCCCAUUCUGGGUCCUACAGCUCCCACUUAAGCAGCAAGAAGUGCCUGAACGGAGGCGGAAACACAGGAGGAACCAGUGGAGCAUUUAACGGACACAGUCAAAGCUCCUUCCACCACUCAUUUCCUACAUCUCCCCCUGCAGGCGGGGGGAGAAACAGUAAUGACAAGGGCUCUCCGAUGGCAUCACAAACCCAGGAUAACAACAGAACUCUGGGUCGAGUACUAAAAGAUCCUCACCAGCUCUCUCUGCAGGACCCCAUCCACAACCACACAGGUUUUCCUGGAGCUGCAGACCUGGCUAGGCUUUGGGAGCCAUCUGCAGAGCUUUCACUGAGGGCCAGCAUACUAAAAGGGACCACCCUGCUGCCUUAUUUGCACUCUGGGACCAAGUUUGAGCAGAUGCUGCAGGAGAUGCUGCACAGGGAGGUGAGGAAAGAGGAGGAGGUGGAGAAAGGAAUUGAGGAAAGGAGGGUUAUUUACAAUGGAGCAGGUCUAGACAGUAAGGUGUCACCUGAGAGGAGAAGGGAGUCAGGCGAAGGAGAGAGAGGUGUAUUAGGCGUGACAUGUCGCUGGUGCUCUCAGCUUUUUCCCAAUGUAGCGGUGCUCCUUCAGCAUGAACGCUACCUUUGUAAGAUGAACCGAGAGGGACUGGAGGUACCUGAGGGCCUUCAUAGCAAAGACCUCUCCUCUCCACCUUUAUUCUACCCUAGACCACCUCUCCAAUCAGAGAACAGCAAACAAAGUGAAACAACAAAUGGCCUCUCUGGAAACAAAUCACCUUUACAGAAACCCAGCUGGCACUCCGUCCCACAGCAGCUCCUUGUCGCUAUGCACUCCCCCCCACAGCCUCUCCAUGAUGCCCGAACACUCUGGUCCAGCCAGGAAAAAGGAAGCCCGAGCCAGCCAAUCAACCGCUCCCCAGAGCUGUCAUCACCUCGAGCCAGGAGGAGAAUUCCCUCAUCAGGAUUCGGUUCUCCAGUCUGCCUUGACCUCACCAGCUGCCCUCCUGAGCUGUCAUCGCCUCAGCACCUUCUGUCUGCACAGAACGAACCUCUGGACCUCUCCCUGCCCAAACAGCUCUCAGACCAGGAUGGGGUCAACAAAACUGUGAACGGAAACUGGUCUCGAGGAGAGAAAAGAGAGCUCAGCAGCCAGCAGCUCAGAAGACUGAGUCCAACUUCACAUCUUCCCCUCCACCACCACCAUGCAGUCUUUAGCGGGAGUGGACCUCCUGUGUUUCCGAGUGCCUUAUACAAUGGAUUUCCCAUAUUCCAGCAGUCUGGGUUAGGGCUUUCAGGGCAUGAUGGCAUUACUGCAGUUCCAUUCAGUCAGCCAGCUAACGGCCCCGGGUUUCUCUCUCCAAUGGCUUACAUGAUGGAGGCAGAAGCAGAGGCAGCUCUGAAAAAGAUCCACCAGGAGAGACAAGUUCUAAUGGGUGAGGCUUUAAGCAGAGGAGCUCUGGACUACCUCGCUCUCAUGGAUGACAGUCUGGAUGGAGAAGGAGGACCAGGGAGGAAGAGACUGAAGAAGACAGAUGAAGGGCUUUAUGCCUGUGAUAUCUGUGACAAAACCUUUCAGAAGAGCAGCUCUCUGCUGCGACACAAAUAUGAGCACACAGGUAAACGCCCUCAUGAGUGUAAAAUCUGCAACAAGGCCUUCAAACACAAGCACCAUCUGAUCGAGCACAGCCGUUUGCACUCUGGAGAGAAACCCUACCAAUGUGACAAAUGUGGAAAACGCUUCUCUCACUCUGGCUCAUACUCACAGCACAUGAACCACCGCUACGCCUACUGCAGCAAAGACCAAGACCCAGACCAGGACCAGGAGGAGAUGCCCCUCACCCCAGGGGCUGGAAACGGUCUGGGGGGCCGCCUCUCUGAUGAGCCCCUUCUGUCCAUGGAGGACACCCAAACCCCACAUUCUUUUCUAAGCGAUUCUAGUCUGGAUGGAGUGGUAGAGGAAAUCAAAGAGGAGGAGGAAGAUAAGGAGACGGGAGUCGGCGAUGGUCGUGUGGAAGGGGAAAGUUUGAAAUCAUCAGGUGCAGCAGAGGAGCUUGAAAGAAGCCCCAUUCGAGAGUCACCCGUGAGAGUGAAUGGAGCACAAAAGGAGGAAAUUAUUUACGAUGUGGGAAACAAUACUGAGAACACAGAGAGAAAAUUGUGGGACAGAGACUCCGGGGACCAGAAUGGAAACUUAGAAAAAUGUGAACUGAGCCUGGAUCUAACAGAUUUACCCAGAAUAAAAACUUAAAGGUGACCUUAACAUGCCAGUGCAAUGCAUAUUCUAAAAGCUGUACAUUAAGACUGUUAAUACGUAUUUUUUAUACCCAUUUUAUCCCACUUUACAUCUGUUUCAACUCUUUUUUUUUUGUUUUUUUUACAAAAUGAAAAAAUGCACAGAACUGCCAAAGAUGGCCUUAAAGGGGAUUAAGCCAUACAAACAAAAACAUGACUAUAAAAGUUCAGUAUUUUAUCAUGAAAAAACUUGAUGUACCUACAAGUGUUUGUUUCUUUUAAUUGUUGUGUUGUUUGCCAAAAGAGCUAAGAUAUUUGACACGUUUCCAGCAGAUGCGUGUGUGACAUCCCAGGAAUUUCACUUAUUAUACGCUUACUGCUGCUGACUGUUGCACAAGCUCUAAAACAGGGCCUUUUGUAUUUUCUACAUCCAGGAUUCAGUGGAUUUUAAGAAGUUUUUAUUAACAUUUCAACUGUUGACAUGAAUGGAAAACACCAACUAAGAAGUAAGGAGGACAAACUUUCCGGAAUGAUUGCAAUAUGAAAAGACUGUUAUCUAAAGAUGCCUUCAAAGUAAGCUUAAAGGUUUUCAAGGCAGCCAGUUAUGCCUGUUUAAGAAAUAUUUAUUCAUUACACAUGCAAGUAAUAAGCAAAUUCUAAUGUCCUGUGGUAUUAUUUAAGGGAAAUUUACCUCUUUUUUAAAAAUAAUCCAUCAUUUGUUUAAUACUGAAAUAAUGCACACAUGCAGCUCUUACUAUGUCCCAAAGAAAGUGAGACUUCUAAAAUAUAUACAGGGCACAGAAGCCUCAAGAGGACAUGCAACCAUUAAAUCUCCAUUCAUGUAUCACCCUAUUUUGGUUUAGAAAUGCUGGAUUUCUGGUGAUAAGGUGUUUGUUUGACCAGUGUGAGUGCUAUACACCAUGCCCAUGCAUGGUACACUUCCUUGGCCCUGGCAUGGCUGGAAGGGCUGUGCUACAGCAGGAUACAGUUGCUCAGACAUGCACACAAGCACUGGUGUGCAAAGUGGACCUGAUAUAUAAUUGUUAUGGUUAUUCUUUUCGACAAUCUUUUGAACAAUCUGACCAACACAACUCACAAUAAGCCACAGCAUGUUUCCUGUGUAUUUCCCUAUUGUACCAACUUUGUGAGACUGUGUGUCUUGCAAACUGCGUGUACCAUAAUAGGGCCAAAUAGCCAGGCCUAGCUGGGCCCAUUGCAGCGUGAGUGGUUAGCUGGGGAGGGGGAAUAAUCGUGCUUCAGCACAGUACGAUGCAACUGUGGGCCCAAUGUGAGUGCAUUUUUACUCUUUAUCAGAAAACAGGCAUUGUUAUCCCAAAAUAACAAGAUGAAUAAGUCUAGAAACAACCAAAAAUUACUUAAGAAAUCAGAAAGAAUAAAAUGUAUGAAUGCUUGUCCUCUUAAGACUUCUGUAAUGGGGGAUUUCUUGCAAGAACUUUUUUUAUUCAUGCUGUGAAAUUAGAGAGUAAAACUAGCUUGUGUUGUCGGACUAGAAACGGUGCUCAGCAGCUUUAAAAAAUCAAACCAAUUUAGAAGUUAAAACCAGGCAGUAAACAGGAAGAUGUUUUUUAAACAAAAAGCAGUGGACUGCACCUUUCUAACUGUGUGCCUUGUAAGCAGAACAGUCACUUCUGCAUUUCUGUGCAGGAUGCUAAAAGCAGAAAAAGAUUAAGUCACUCUUAGGGCUUUUAUUCCUUUUGAGGGAGCGGGUGAAACCUGCACUGUGCCACUAUUGGUUUAUCAAUCCCACACAGCGUAUUUAUUCUCUCUAAAGCUAAAACAUCUCUUAUUUCUCGUAACGAUUUACAUGUGCUACAGAGUUUUCACACCCUGGAAAAAAGAAUGUGUCACACAUUUUAGGUUGUCUGUUGAGGUGUGGCAUGAAGGUGAAGAUUCAGGACACACACACCAGCUUUUUACUUCCUCUUUCUGACUGCGGUGUAGUCAACAUGAAAAGUGCCUCAGAUACACUCACACAAACACAAUAUGACUAAUCCCACAAUGCCUUGGUACCACCAGAUAAGACGGUGCUGCAUGAGGUGUGACUAAGCCUGUAGCAUUCAUGCAUACCAGCGGCCAAAGACACUUCUUCGUCAUAAUUUAUCACCAAAGAUAUGCAUAUGUGACACGCUAACUGCCACUCCGCUCUUGCGUAGUUCCUUACCUGCUUAUUUCUGGGUUUAAAUAGGGUGAAAAGGUUUAUUUUCACAUGAUGUCUGCACAGUUUUAAUACCAAGCAGAGUAUUUUUACUCAAGCAACUUUUGUAUUAACUUUUUAUCAGUAUUUUUGCAUGUUUGUGGAUAUUUGUAAUAAAAUUGUACAUAUUUUGC